AUGGCAAUGGUCCUGGAUUCAUUUGUUUCAAGAUACAUUGAAGAAGUGACAGGCUUUGUUGAGGGAGAGAUGUGCAAAGUGCUGGGCGUGAAGAAGGAGAUCAAGACGCUACAGGAGAAGCUGGAGACGAUCAAAUGUUACCUCGAAAGUGCAGAGCGGAAAAGCCGUGGGGAUCCCGUCAUCGAGGACUGGGUGAGGAAGCUGAAAGCCGUCAUGUACGAUGCCGAAGACAUCAUCGAUCUGUGCAUGAUGGAAGGUGGCAAACUGUUGGAGGCUCGGGGAUCAGCAUCGGCUUCGGGGACUGAAACAAAUAGCUGA